AUGAAGAGAAGAUUUUAUAGUGGUGCAAUUCAAAUUGAACAAGCUAUCCAAACUCAAAGUGUGAGUGACAAUGGUAACAUUGAAAAUAUAGUUGUUCCAAUUGCAGAAGACCCAAUUUUGGAACAACAACCAGCAGGAAAUUUAAAUAUUGUAAACCAGGAACGGGUUGAAACUGAAAUCUCAUUACAGGAAAAUGCAGGUGAAAAUAAAAUUGGAGAUAUGGAAACAGAAAUAACUGAUCCGAUUCAUCAAGGUAAUCUUUCUGCCAGAUGGGGCAUCAGUAGAGGUUGGAGAAGAUUGAAAGAUCAUAUUCCGUCGCACGAAAGUUCAAUUUACCAUAAAGCAAACUAUGUUGUAUGGAAACCUGCUAGUAGAGCAGCAUUAUGUGAAACUUCAGUGGAUAAUUUACUUUUAUCAGAACUCAAGACUGAAACUGAAAUUUGGAAAAAAUUAUUCCAACGUAUUCUAGAUGCUAUUAUUUUUCUUUCUGAACGUGGAUUAGCACUUUUUGGCUCUAACCAACGAAUAGCUGAGCAUGUUAAACAUGUUCAAGAAUCACAACAGUAUAAGCAGCGAAUACAAGCUCAUUAUCUUUCAAUGCGAAUUCAGAACGAAUUUAUUGAUAUUUGUAGUUCACACGUUCAAACAGCAAUCCUCCACGAAAUUGUGAAAGCAAAAUAUUUUUCAAUAAUAGUUGAUGCUACUCCAGAUUGCUCGUACAAGGAACAAACUACUCUGAGAAAUCGCUGCUCGAACAAUAGAAAUAUUGAAAACUUUGAAGCUGGAUUUCGAAGAAUUGGUCAAGCUUACGACAACAGUGCUAAUAUGGCUGGAAAGUAUAAUGGGGGGCAAGCGGUUUUGAUACAACAAAAUCUAAACUGUAUGUUUUCUAGCUGCGGAAAUCACUCAUUAAAUUUAGUUGGUGUCGAUUGCGCUGAAUCAUGCAAAGAAGCAGUAACGUAUUUCGGAACAAUUCAGCAAACGCACAAUUUAUUGAGUAGCAGUCUUCAAAGGUGGGAAAUUUUAAAACAACAUCUUCCUGUUUCGUUGCAUGGAAUGUCCAAAACAAGAUGGUCAGCACGGAUUGAUGGUGUUAAACCAGUUACACAAUAUUUAAACCCAGUAAGAAGUGCUUUAAACGAACUUGGGGUGCUACAUUUAACAGCCCAGGCUAAAAUAGAACUCGAUGCCAUUUAA